AUGGUUCUCCUAUCUCUAAGAGGUCAUCCAGUUAGGAGAAAUAUUGAGGAACAAGGGGUACAAAAUGCACCAAAAGCGCAAACUAAAGGAGAAGUCACCAAUGCUGAAUUUCGUGAAGCUAUCCGGAUGCUAAAGCAAGCGGUGACCAAUCAAGUUGGACAAAGAGGAUCUCUACAAGAAGUGGGUGAUAGUUCGAAGAUCCGAGAGUUCUUAAGGAUGAAUGCUCCGAGCUUCAUUGGUUCGAGCACUAUUAAGGAUCUAGAGAAUUUUCUUGAGGAGAUGAAAAAAGGUAAGGAUAAUGUUGUUGUUGAUGCCUUUUGUAGAUUGUCUAUGGGAAAUACCACCCAUAUUGAGGAAGAUAAGAAAGAGUUAGCAAAAGAUGUGCAUAGACUUGCACAAUUCAUAGUUUGA